GACCUCCGCUCCGGUAGGCGUCGCUGUGCUGUAUGGGAGGACCAGGGAGCCGCGCUGAGUGAGUGAUAGUGACUGGCUGUGGCUCUGGAGAGACGACUUGUGUCCUGGCCCCGGUACCGGAGAGAUGGGGAGCACAGCCCGGAGCGGGUUCCUGCUCCUUCUAGUAACUCUCCUUGGGGUCUGUGCUGAAGAACCGCCCCCCAAAUCCGCCGCACAGGACACAUGGGGGGAAUUCUGGCUGGUGCGUUUCAUCGUCAAUAUUGCCGGAUAUGGGACCAUCCUGGUACCGGGCUGUCUGCUCAUACAUUACUUCAAACGCAGGAACUAUCUGGAGACGGGUCGUGGUCUCUGUUUCCCUCUGGUAAAAUCAUGUGUUUUUGGGCAUGAAUCAAAGUCUGUGGUUCCGGAUGAGCCUUCAUCCGCAGCUCGAGUAGAAGGUGACUCGUCCACCACCCAGCAGAUUUUCAAGUUGCUCUUUUGUGCAGCCGGACUACAGGUCUCUUACCUGACAUGGGGUGUGCUACAAGAGCGGGUAAUGACCCGUACCUACACUACUACAGAGUCCGGAGUUCCAGGAGAAAAGUUCAGAGACUCUCAAUUCUUGGUGUUCAUGAACCGUAUCCUGGCUCUCACAGUGGCUGGGAUCUACUGUGCCUUCACCAAGCAGCCGCGCCACGGGGCACCCAUGUACAAAUACUCAUUUGCCUCGCUCUCCAACAUCCUUAGCAGCUGGUGCCAAUAUGAGGCGCUCAAGUUCAUUAGUUUCCCCACUCAGGUCCUGGCCAAAGCAUCCAAGGUCAUCCCAGUCAUGCUGAUGGGAAAGCUGGUUUCGCACAAGAGCUACGAGUACUGGGAGUAUUUCACGGCUGCUCUCAUUUCAGUUGGCGUCAGCAUGUUCCUUCUCUCCAAUGGGGAGAGUUAUCGACCUUCCGGAGUCACCACCUUUUCUGGCGUUAUCAUCCUGAUGGGCUACAUAGUGUUCGACAGCUUCACAUCUAACUGGCAGGACUCUCUCUUUAAGUACAAGAUGUCCUCCGUGCAGAUGAUGUUUGGGGUGAACCUCUUCUCCUGCCUCUUCACGGUCUUCUCCUUACUAGAGCAGGGGGCUUUGCAGCAGUCUUUUCUGUUCAUGACCCGGCAUCCAGAUUUUGCCUUCCAUGCAGGUCUAUUGUCGGUUUGCUCAGCUUUUGGCCAACUCUUCAUAUUUUACACCAUUAACAAAUUCGGGGCAGCUAUUUUUACAAUUAUUAUGACUCUGAGGCAGGCGUUGGCCAUUCUCCUUUCUUGUCUCCUCUACGGCCACCCUGUCACCCCUGUUGGGGCAGUGGGGGUGGCAGUGGUUUUCCUCGCCUUAUUUUUACGUGUCUAUGCACGUGGGAGGAUGAAGAAGAAGGUCAGAAAGGCGGCUGAUAUCCCGGUUGUGCAGAAAGUCUAAAUAUAGAGCGUAAUCGUUAGUGAAGUAAUGUUUCAUCUACUAUGUAUUAUUGACCCAUUAAAUGGGGCCUCGUCUCACAGACUGAUGGACAGAAACGUUCCCUCUGUGGAGUUCUCGGCACCUUGGCUGGAAUUCUGGAAUAGUUGUCUCAACCAUAUUUAGUACAGUUCAGACUUUUACUCAUACGGUAAAUGCAGACUUCAAGGAGGACACGGAGAGUCCCAACAAAAUUAUAUUUGUGAUUCUUUUUAUUUUAUUUUAAAUUGAGGACCAGAAUGUACUGCAUUAUUAAACGGUACAUUUACAUGUUGUUUCUUAA